GGGGGCGAGUCGCCCAACCUCGUCAAUUCACGCGCUACAGCCGUUAGAAACGAUAGGUAUCGUCGUCGUUUUUCCCGCGCUUUUCCUCGCGACAGCCAACGACUUUUUUUUCUUUCCGCCAUCUUCUCUGCGUCUGAGGCGACAUGCAGAUCUUCGUGAAGACGCUGACGGGCAAGACCAUCACCCUGGAGGUGGAGGCCUCCGACACCAUUGAGAACGUCAAGGCCAAGAUCCAGGACAAGGAGGGCAUCCCUCCGGACCAGCAGCGGCUGAUCUUCGCGGGCAAGCAGCUGGAAGAUGGCCGGACCCUCGCCGACUACAACAUCCAGAAGGAGUCGACUCUGCACCUGGUCCUGCGGCUGAGGGGAGGCAUGCAGAUCUUUGUCAAGACGCUGACGGGCAAGACCAUCACCCUAGAGGUGGAGGCCUCCGACACCAUUGAGAACGUGAAGGCCAAGAUCCAGGACAAGGAGGGCAUCCCUCCGGACCAGCAGCGGCUGAUCUUUGCGGGCAAGCAGUUGGAAGAUGGCCGGACCCUCGCCGACUACAACAUCCAGAAGGAGUCGACUCUGCACCUGGUCCUGCGGCUGAGGGGAGGCAUGCAGAUCUUUGUCAAGACGCUGACGGGCAAGACCAUCACCCUGGAGGUGGAGGCCUCCGACACCAUUGAGAACGUCAAGGCCAAGAUCCAGGACAAGGAGGGCAUCCCUCCGGACCAGCAGCGGCUGAUCUUCGCCGGCAAGCAGCUGGAAGAUGGCCGGACCCUCGCCGACUACAACAUCCAGAAGGAGUCGACUCUGCAUCUGGUCCUCCGGCUGAGGGGAGGCAUGCAGAUCUUCGUCAAGACGCUGACGGGCAAGACCAUCACCCUGGAGGUGGAGGCCUCCGACACCAUUGAGAACGUCAAGGCCAAGAUCCAGGACAAGGAGGGCAUCCCUCCGGACCAGCAGCGGCUGAUCUUCGCCGGCAAGCAGCUCGAAGAUGGCCGGACCCUCGCCGACUACAACAUCCAGAAGGAGUCGACUCUGCACCUGGUCCUCCGGCUGAGGGGUGGCAUGCAGAUCUUUGUCAAGACGCUGACGGGCAAGACCAUCACCCUAGAGGUGGAGGCCUCCGACACCAUUGAGAACGUCAAGGCCAAGAUCCAGGACAAGGAGGGCAUCCCUCCGGACCAGCAGCGGCUGAUCUUCGCGGGCAAGCAGUUAGAAGAUGGCCGGACCCUCGCCGACUACAACAUCCAGAAGGAGUCGACUCUGCAUCUGGUCCUGCGGCUGAGGGGAGGCAUGCAGAUCUUUGUCAAGACGCUGACGGGCAAGACCAUCACCCUGGAGGUGGAGGCCUCCGACACCAUUGAGAACGUCAAGGCCAAGAUCCAGGACAAGGAGGGCAUCCCUCCGGACCAGCAGCGGCUGAUCUUCGCCGGCAAGCAGCUGGAAGAUGGCCGGACCCUCGCCGACUACAACAUCCAGAAGGAGUCUACUCUGCACCUGGUCCUGCGGCUGAGGGGAGGCAUGCAGAUCUUUGUCAAGACUCUGACGGGCAAGACCAUCACCCUGGAGGUGGAGGCCUCCGACACCAUUGAGAACGUCAAGGCCAAGAUCCAGGACAAGGAGGGCAUCCCUCCGGACCAGCAGCGGCUGAUCUUCGCCGGCAAGCAGCUCGAAGAUGGCCGGACCCUCGCCGACUACAACAUCCAGAAGGAGUCGACUCUGCAUCUGGUCCUGCGGCUGAGGGGCGGCGUUUAAACCCCGCGGCCAGAGACCGCUUUCGGGCAACCCGCUCGUAGCGCGUUUUUUUUUUUUAUUUUUCUCUUAGUUUCAAACUCGCCCGAGCCGUGUUUUUUUUUUUUCUUUUGUCGGCCCACGUCCUCCUCCGUUGGCCACGCGCCGAUCUCGGCCGCCCCCUCGGUGCGCUGCGCGCCGGCGUCUCGCUGCGAACCUUGCGCGGGUUGCACGCCACGCCUUAAGCGGUUUAAAAGUGUUCCCGCUGCCGGCGUUGGUGGUGAUUUUUGUCGUGCGAGGCGGUAGUAAAAAGCGAAAAUGAA